GGCAGUAGGAGAUGCUCUUUGCACUAUUCACUUCUAACACUUCCAGCAGCCUGACUAGAUGGACCUGGGGAAAAGAGGAAAAAGGCUGGACUGGUUUUCCCAUUGCCUAAAGCCUGCAUCUUUGGACAAGUUCUGCUCCUGGAAUGAUCUCUCCUCUAGCCAGAAUAUAGAGGGAGGCUGCAUCGAAGACGUGUUUUCUCAGAGACAGGACACAGAUGAGUGCUGCUAGACCAGGGGAGGAAACAAGGAGGCUGUUUUGACUGCACAGGCUCAGGCAGGACCGCAUUGCUUGCUCAUACUCCUCACUCCCCAGCAUGCUGGAAGAAGAUAAGGAUGAGACAUGUUGGAAUAACCUGGAGAGCUUCCGAGUGAAGCUGAUCUCUGUGAUAGAUCCUUCCCGCAUUACGCCUUAUCUUCGGCAGUGCAAAGUGAUCAGCCACGAUGAUGAGGAGCAAGUUCUUAAUGACCCCAGCCUGGUCAUGCGCAAGCGGAAGGCAGGUGUUCUUCUGGACAUUCUGCAGCGAACGGGACACAAGGGCUUUGAGGCAUUUCUGGAGAGUCUGGAGCUUUAUUAUCCACAACUGUAUAAGAAAGUAACUGGCAAGGAACCCAGCAGGGUGUUCUCUAUGAUUAUAGACACCGCUGGGGAGUCGGGCCUGAGCCAGCUCCUCAUGAACGAGAUCAUGAAGCUGCAGAGCACGGUGCAAGAGGAGCGGCGGAAGGCGCAGGAGCUCAGCCUGUGGCUGCACACCAAAGAGGACACCAUCAGAGAGCUGUGGGUGAGGGACAGCCUCCUCCGCAAGCACCAGGAGCGGGCCCAGAAGAUGAAGGAGGAGAGGGACAGCCUGAGCAAGGAGCUGCGGAAGUGCAAGGACGAGAACUACAGCCUGGCAAUGAGCUAUGCCAGGCAGAGCGAGGAGAAGAGCGCUGCCCUCAUGAAGAACCGGGACCUGAUCCUGGAGAUCGACCACUUGAAGCACAGCCUUAUGAAGGCCGAGGAUGACUGCCAACUGGAGCGUAAGCACACGAUGAAGCUGAAGCACGCCAUAGAGCAGCGUCCAAGCCAUGAGGUGAUGUGGGAGAUCCAGCAGGAGAAGGAGUUGCUCUUGGCCAAGAAUCAGGAGCUGGAGAACACUCUCCAGGAGGUUGCCAGGGAACAGAACUCGGAGAAGAGCCUCUCCAAGGAGACUCUGGAGAAUGACUGCAGCCAGAUCCUAGAAGAACGCCGCGAGCUGUUGAACACCAUCUACAGCCUUCGCAAGGAGCUGCGGCGAGCAGAGGUGCUCCAAGACAAAUAUGCAGAGGAAAAGGAGAUGCUUGAACUCCAGUGCACAUCCCUGAGGAAGGACUCCCAGAUGUAUAAAAAAAGGAUUGAAGCUGUCUUGAAGCAGAUGGAGGAAGUGGCUUCAGAAAGAGACCAGGCACUCCUGACCCGAGAGCAGUUCUAUGUGCAGUACUCCAAGAGCCUGGUCGAGAGGGACACGUACCGCAAGCAGAUCCGGGAGCUGGGCGAGCGCUGUGAUGAAAUGCAGCUGCAGCUCUUCCAAAAGGAGACCCAGUUACUGGCGACUGAAGCCAAGCUGAAAAGGCUGCAGCUGGAGCUACCCGCACCGACCUUUGACCUGGAUGAUACCUCCUCCAGAGAUUCCCAGGACCUUACUCUUCACGGUCACCUAGAUGAAGACACACAACCAAAUAAAAAAGGUUGCCCUGAAGGACAAACCCAGCAAUUUAGCACUCAAGACAGCAGCCUGCCUCCCAAGUCACCAAGUGUAAGAGAACCUUUGUUGGCUCUUCUUUACUACAGCUGGGCUCAAGGAGUGUGUUUUAGCCAAUGAGGAACUGGCAGCAAAGGAGCGGAGGAGGAUGAAGGACUGCUUUGAGCGUUACCAAAGGUCUGGACUUCACUAAGCAGGACUAACUUAGCCAUACCCGUGUGACUUAGUGGAUUAGCUUGUUGUGUUUUUUCUGUCUAUCCCCUGUCCUCAAGCUUGAUGCAUGGGGUGUAAAUUCAUCACAGAUCCUAUCUUUAGAGGCUCAGGCUUUUAGCUGAACUGUUUGAGACUCGUUGUAGUACCACAGGUAGCCAAGGUAGCAGUGAUCAUGUUUGCCCCAGACCAUGCAGAUGGUUCCCCAGCA